GUAAACAGGUUUGCAGAUUUUAGUGCUAAUGUGGCUGUAGAUGGCAACAUUGUCAACUUAGGACUCUGGGAUACUGCAGGGCAAGAAGAUUACAGCAGGUUGAGGCCCCUCAGUUACAGAGGCGCUGACAUUUUUGUGUUGGCUUUCUCUUUAAUUAGUAGGGCUAGCUAUGAAAAUGUCCUUAAGAAGUGGAUGCCCGAGCUUCGUCGUUUCGCUCCCAAUGUUCCAAUCGUGCUAGUUGGAACAAAGUUAGAUCUCCGGGACGACAGGGGUUAUCUUGCUGAUCAUAUAGGAGGAUCUAGCAUCAUCACCACAACCCAAGGCGAGGAGCUGAGGAAACAGAUUGGUGCAGCAGCUUACAUAGAAUGCAGCUCCAAGUUAUUAUGUCUAUAAAUCGAUUUACAGGUGGCAAGGAAAGUAUGAAGAUUCACCAUAUGCAACUUCCAAGUGAGCCAACAAAGAAAUCAUCAGUCAAUGGGUUCAACGAUCUUCAGUUCGACUGAAAAUCAUCUCCUUGAUCUCUUCGGCGUUUAUUUGGUUUCGACUGUUUGUGUAGCUUAAGACCAUUGGUGUUGGGAAAGAUAUGCAUAUGCAAAGGAGAAAACAAGAAAAUGGCACAUUGUAGAAUUUUUUUCAUUACAGUUUUUACCCUUCAACUUUUCUACUCUUUGUUUUACUAGUUGCAGAAAAUGGCACAUUGUAGGUUUGUUGAAUGUUAGCCCUCCAAUUUGUAUGAGAUUAGUUGAAUUUGAAGUUGGUUUGUUGAAUACGUUAAUAGAUGAAUUUCUAUGAUAUUGGAUUGUUAUUGCA